AUGCCGGCGCUUCCGGACAUACUGUCCACCAGAAUACCAAUCACAACACCAACAAUCACUUGUACUACUCGUUCGAUAACCCAUUGAAUAGCGAACAGCAGAAGAAUAACUUCUUAUUCAGUCAACAACAGAAUCACAGCAGCUAUCAGAACCACUUUAACCAGAAUUUUGGUGACUAUCACCGCCAGAAUUCGCCACAAAGUCGAAAUUCUGGUCAAUUUGACUCCAAUUCUGGACAUGUGAACCGAAAUUCUGGUCAAUUUGAUCCAAAUUCUGGACAAAUGAAUCGAAAUUCUGGACAAUACGACCAGAUUUCUGGGUUUCCGAACCGAAAUUCAACGAAUUUCGACCAAAACUUCGGUCAAAUGCCGCCGCAAAACACCAAUGAAUUCAAUGCUCAAAACCAGUGGACAGCCAACAGCUUUCAUACGAGUCAGUCGACAUCAUCGGCCGUCUGGUCCAACCAGUCGUCGUCUUCUAUGUCUAACAGUAGUCAAGUGUCGGGCACGUCGUCGCCGGCGCCACCAUCAGUACCGGCGCCCACACCGCCGCCUACCAGUGCUUUUGGGAGCGGUUUCGACAUCAGUCGGUCCAGCGAUCGGCUCAACGAAAUGCCGGCAGUUUUUGCCGAAUUGGAUCCGUUAGGAAAAGACAGGCCUUUCGUCGAUAAGUCACAGUUCUUUGUGGAACGCAAACAGAAACCCACUCUUCGGGACCUAAACCCGGAUAUACCGGCAGUUAAUCCCACGUUUGGCACCAAUUCGUCGCCUAUCUAUAGGCCAACGAACGAACAAAUCUACUCAAACGUGACAUCCGUUCCUCCAAUACCUCAGAGACAACCGCCAUAUUCUUCUUCAGCCGCUGCCAACCCCUUCAGCGCCUCCUCCUCUACCAUCUCUUCCAUAAGCAAUGACUCCAACACUUGCCGUCAGUCUCCCAACCCAUUCAAUCCGUUCUUCGACUCUACCUGUGCUUUAAACGCGAGUCCAACGCCUCCGCCACCCGUUCCCACGCCUCCGCCGCCGCCGCGACCGCCCUCUCGGGACUGCCCGCCAGUGCCGCCGCGCAAUGACCUCAUGUCGCGGUCGACGCCUCCGCAUCUGUUGCCAAAGCCCCCGACGCCGGACUUGUCGGCGCCACCGCUGCCCCGGCGGCGGACUAUACUUCCAGAGCACAGAUACCAGAGCUUCGACACAACGAAUCGGCAAUCGUUUGAUCCCUUUUCGACGACUAAUAGCUUUAUUCCCACUAAUAAUAUCGCCUAUACUGACGACUCAUCGGCGCCUCCAUUGCCUAAUCCUCAGCGCAAAGUGACGCCAACAUCGCUGGUGUCGUCCCCAUCGGCGCCGACACAGCGGCCGCAACCGAUGGCCCGCAAGUUGUCUAAGAAUGACGACCCCUUUAACUGUGCGUUCAUUGACUCCCAGUUGUCGUCCAUUUCGGCGACAAUUAAGUCGAGUUUAGGACACAAUUCGUCGACUUCUUUGCCGACAACCAGUGGUUUCGGAACCGCUUUCAGUGAUAGUUCUGUGUCGACACAAUCGACGCCUAAGUCGGUGUCGGAAACGGUGCCAAACAUCAGACAACAGGACCUGAAGUUGUCUGAAAUAAACUCGAGAUACGAGUGGAUCAAUGAGACGGUCGAUGAGGUGACGCCGAGCACCGACUGUUCGCGAGGUUUUGUCGCAGACUUUACAUCCGUGUUCUCGUCGCCCGACUCGACGGCCGACCCCUUCAGACCCUGUAAACCAUCGAAACUGGAGCUUAAUGUGCGGCCAAACAGUGAGCCCCCGCACGUCGGCGCCCGUGUCAGCGGUUUCGAUGACGACAUGUGGACCAAACCGGCGGUCAAUCACCCCAACCAUCAAAAUAGCAAUAAUACUAGUAAUGAGUGCUCGUCGACGGCGGCACCGGUAGGACAGGACGAGGUGUCGCCACCCGAACGCAACAUAUUUAUUGUCAAAUCGGAUCCGUUUGCCGACGAUUUCUUCAAUUAA